UCGGUCCCUGUGUGUUGGGGAGGUGUCUGCAGGAUGCCAUGCACCUGUGCAGGUAGAGGGCCUGGGAAUGCUGGGGUCUGGGGUCCCUCCCUUCUUCCUGUGUGGCCCAGGGGAAGUUACCUCCCUUCUCUGUGCUUCAAACUGUAAAACCAGGUGAGGAUGAGGAGCCGCAGGGUUAAGGACCUUGAGAUCUAAGUCAUCGAGCGGCCUUUGUUAUUCUAAUGAAUUCCUUAAUUUCCAGGUGGACUCUCACUGGGUGCCCACCCUCUCCUGAGCGCCAGAACCCGGAGAGGGAGACCAAUUGCAGGAAACGGGGCCGGCAGGGAUCAUAUUUCACGGCCAUUCUUAAAAUGGUUUCAGGUGGCUGCCUGCCAGCUCCGGCCACCAGCGUCCCCAUCCCCUCCGGGAGGUGGAGGGCAGAGGUCUGGACCCCAAUCUGUUUAUCACCAGAACAGGCUGCGGGUGCCUUAGGGCCUCCAGACCCCGGAGCAGCGCGUCUCCAUGCAGAUCCACCGCAGGCCGCGCCCGACUCGGUUCCCCGCCCCGACUCUGCCGCCGUCUGGUUCUUGCCGACUGACCCUCGGGAAGCCACCAACCCGGAGUCACCUCCGAAUCCGAUGGGCCCGCUUGCUCGGCGAGGUCCCCACGGUGACGCCGGCCAUCCUUACCAGACGCAGACUCUGCCACUGACUGAAAAGAGGAAAGAAGCCGUCCCGGGGCUCCGAGCCCGAGGUCCCAGUGGACCUCACAGCGAACUGGGCUGUCAUCGAUCUCUCCAAACACAUUCCCGUCCUGCGCAGCUCCCAGGGCCUCCCGCGGCCCGCGUGUUGGGAGGCCCGUUUCUUGCAGGAGUCUCUGGUUUGGGAGUUGACCACCUGCCUGCCGCUGCCUCGUCACCUAAUGAGCCUCAGUCCACACUGCAACCUGUUCCCUCCGAGUUUUCCUCCACCCUGGCCCCCACACCCCCACGCCGCUGCCCCUAAGCUCAGGAGUGGAGGCCUCACGCAGCCCCGGCCACAGCCAGCGACGGUCACGCUCCCGGGAGAGCGCGGGGUCAGGGGAAGGGGCUCAAGCCAGCGCCCGGCAGCCGCGUGUCUCUCACCCAGGUUCCUUCUGCCUGCUGUGUAGACGAGAACUCUGAGCCACAUAGUCUCCAGUGAGGGGUUAAACGCACUGUGUGUGGUCAUCGCUUCUCUGCUGUGGGGUGACUGCGCAGCCCCAGGAAGGCACCCGGUGUCUAGAGACUGGAGGUGGCAGAGUCCUGGCUGAUCCUAGUUCCCAAGCAUCUUCAGGGAGGGCUGAGCAGCUCAGUGGUAGGCGCUUGUCUAACACGCAGGGGGGCCCGCAGCUGGCCCAUCCCGGGGGACAGAAUGGGAGGCUCUGUGGACCCAGGAAACCUGGCUCAGAGGGUGGCAGAGGUUUUUACUAAGUGACAGGAGAAAAGUAGGAAU